CUAUGGCUAGGGUGUUUGGAACAAUCACUUGUUGGAAAGGAGAGAAAUCUGGGUAUACCUGACAGCAGUUACACUGCCUCGUCACAUUACAUAAGUCCAGAGGUUAAAAACGAUGCUCGAUACGAACCUCACAACGCCAAGCUGAAUGGUAGUAAUGGAUGGGCAACAAAAACUUUAGUUGAUCCUGAUGAUUACCUACAGAUUGACCUUGGUACUCCACGUAUUAUUACUGCUGUAGCAACACAAGGAAAUGGCUUCUACGAUGAAUGGGUGACAAGCUAUAAAGUUAAUCAUACCAGUAACCUAAAAAAUUGGACAACUUAUCCAGAAAAUCAUUUUCUGAAGAUCUUCGAUGGUAACACAGAUAGGUAUACUGUGGUACGUCAUAAUUUAAAAAAGACCAUAACUGCCAGGUACAUCAGAUUCAUACCAGUGAGCUACCAUACAUACAAGACAAUGAGAGUCAACGUGUAUGUUAAUGGUCAACUGCAAGGUAUGCACCUAACAUUUUGGAAGUAAUAUCAUAUAUAKAUCUAUAUAUACAGUAAUCGGGCAGUCGUGUCAAUAAUUUCGUCAAAUGCCAAAUUCCAGAAAGAAAAAGAAGAAAAAUACAGGUCUAACCGGAAAAAAAAAACCCCCAUGGAAUCAAGUGAGAAAACAACGUCUCAGAC